AUGUCCAUCUGGGCACGGUGGCGGGAGGGAGGGGCAGUGGUGGAGGGAGUGGAAGGAAGCGAGGGAGGGAGGGGGAUCAGGCGGGAGGGGAGAUGGACGGAGGAAAAGAGCGAACGGACGCGAAACGCUGGGAUCUGGGCCCGCUCUGAGCUGAGCUGUCCGCCCGUCCGACUUAUCGUCAUCGUCCCCUUCCUCCUCGCACCUUAUCGCAUUCCCCCAUACAGCACGCACACACACACACACACAUACAUCCUGCCACCACACUGCGCAGCCCACACCCGUCCUCCCAUCGCCAUCGCCAUCCCACCCGCCUCAUCCCCCUCACAACCCGUGUCCACGCACCGCCCGCAACCCAUCCGCAACCCAUCCCCCCCUGGACCUCCGUGCCCUCCCCGUCUCCGUCUCCAAGUCCCUCUGCAACCCCGCAGCCCACCCACGUCCGCCUCAACCCCCGCGCCCCGCCGGCCCAGCCCUGGCAGACUCCGGCGUGUUACCGCUCGCUUUGCGCACCCUCCCCAAGCCUCGAUUCACCCUUGGUGCGCUGCACCGUCGCACGCACCAGAUACCGUCAGCAGCCGGCGCCCCCCGCCUCGUGCUACCAUACUCCCGUGCAACGAGGCUCCCAUGCAGUCCCCUGCCCUGCAGCCCAUCACUGGCCCAUCACGCACCCCCCUACGGCACCGCCGCUUCUGGUCUGCGGGUCAGGCGCCUCCGCGCGCCCGCCGGAAAUUAUCAUCCGAGGACAAUGCACCUCUGACGGAAGCCACCCUCGAGGCGCCACUUGCGCCCUCUCCUCUCAAACUAGCUUUUCUUCCCCCUCAAGCGACCCAUCUCGGAUAUCUCGGAUGGCGCAACCCGACCAAAUCGAGCGCGCUGUCUGCGUCCCUGUCUCCUCCCCUGCCCCUCGCUCGUCGCGCGAUCCGCGUCCCGCAGCAGAAGCCCGCGCAGCGUCCGUCCGACACGUCUGCGCUCUUCUGCGACACUUAUCAAAAAAAAAUUAAAAAAAAUCAGAACUACAUUCAAAUUCUGCGCUCCUCGCUCGGCCGAGUCCAGGGACGCCGGAGUGGCGACUCCUGCCUGCCUCCAAGCGACGGCCAGCGAAGCGCAUCGCGUCGCGUCGCGUCAGACCAGGUCGCGUCACCCGGUCUCACGGCUUCCCCGUUGGUCCGUCCGCCCCCCUCCUCGCCCGGACGAGCCCCGCCCCCGCAGCGACCCCCGACGGCCUCCGAUGUGUCCACGAACGCCUUCGCGCGGCUCGCGACGGCGCCUGGCAUUCCACUGGCCGCCGGCGCGCACGCGCCGCCACGCAGCGCCGCGCAUGCCGAUCCCGAUCUGGACGCGUGGAUCUCCGCGUCAGCGUCGCGUGCCCGUGUCAGCGUGAGUCAGCGCGCGCGUGCUGUCGCGCGUCGCAGCGCCGCGAAUGGGGCCACACCAGGCCACACCACACGGCGCACGCGGCUUCGCGGCCUUCGCGACUCCUUCGCGAGCUCGCUGUCGCUGUCGCGUCGACGUGGUGCCGGCAUCGACGCUGCGUCCAGCGCAACCGCGUCAUCUCGACCCCCUUUUUAG